CGAGGAUGGGAUUAGGGGAAGCAAGCCGGCGAACGGACAUUGAAAGAAACGACGUGACGGGAGUCGGCUACAGGGUUGACUAACCCUCAGUGAAUGCAGUUAGCCAACGGCUAGGAAGAGGAAACAGAAAGCCGAAGCGGGAAAAUGGCUACAAUAGGCACGCUAGCAGCGUUUGACCCAAAGAAUCAGACGUGGGACGAGUACACUGAAAUACUCGAGCAGUUUUUUGCGGCAAAUGGGAUUGACGAGGCAGCAAAACAACGAGCUAUACUAAUAAGUGUCGUCGGAACAGCGACCUACAGCCUGAUGCGAAACCUUCUCAGCCCGGACAAGCCCAAAGACAAAACUUUUCAAGAGCUGGUACUUCUGAUGAAAAAUCACUUUGAUCCAAAGCCCAGUGAAAUUGUGCAAAGUUAUAAAUUCGACUCUCGCUCCCGCAAGCCCAAUGAAACUGUCAUGGAAUAUGUGGCUGAGCUACGUCGCCUGGCGCAAGAUUGUAACUAUGGCAACACGUUGCAACAGAUGUUGAGAGACAGGAUCGUCUGUGGAAUUAACGACGACAGAAUCCAGAGGCGUCUCUUGUCAGAAACAGACCUCACGUUUGACAAGGCUCUGUCAAUCGCAGUAUCUAUAGAGACUGCAAAUAAAAAUGCACAGGAUCUGCAGGCCUCGGGUGCCACAGCAAAAUGCUUCAACCUCACCAAAGGGCAGCAGGAGACUCGUACCUUUAAAGGAGAAAGCAGAGUGUGUUAUCGAUGCAAAGGAACCAAGCACACAGCAGCAGAUUGUAAGUACAAACAAGAAACAUGUCAUGCUUGUGGCAAAGUUGGACACCUAGCUAGAGCUUGUAGAAGCAAAGCUAAACUGAACCAGAAAAAGCAUGGAUCGGCAAAUGUAAAGAGUGCCAACCAGCGGAGUGCACACUACCGUUCUCACAAAGUGUGUGAGACAGAGGAUAACAGUACAAGUGAUAGCUCGGAAGACGACUCUUUCACUUUGAACUGUGUUAAGUGCCAACGAGAGCAUAAGAGUAAACUGUACAGAUUAGGGCGUCGCAGUGUGGGGCACCUUAGAAAAGUAGACCCCUACAUUGUGGAUAUGCAACUUGAUGAAAAAAAUGUGAACUUUGAAAUAGAUACGGGAUGUUGCCUAACAGUCAUGAAUGAAGCGACAUUCAAAGCAACAUGGAGACACACCAAACUCCCUAGCCUGCAGCCCAUAAAAAUCAAGCUGGAAACCUAUACAGGGGAUCCUGUUAAGGUGAUUGGCGCAACGCGUGUCAGUGUCAGAUACAAGCAGCAGAAAAGAAAUCUGCCCCUGGUGGUGGUCGAAGGAGAAGGCCCCAGCUUGCUAGGACGAGGCUGGCUAGAGGAGAUAAAUCUGGACUGGGGAGAAAUAAAAAACAGUCGUAAAAACAGGAAACUGCACCAUGUCAAGACGACAGAAAGCACACUGCAGCAAGUGCUCAGCAAACACGAAGAUGUAUUUAAAGAGGAGUUAGGAACCCUGAAAGGCAUGAAAGCUGCGAUUCAUGUGAAAAGUGAUGCCACCCCACGUUUCUUUCGUCCACGGUCUGUCCCCUUCGCCAUGCGGGCAAAAGUUGACGAGGAAAUAGACCGACUAUUGAAAGAAGGCAUCGUCUCGCCAGUGAAAUAUGCCGAAUGGGCAGCACCAGUUGUGCCUAUCCUGAAACCAACAGGGACUGUAAGGCUGUGUGGGGAUUAUAAGCUCACCAUAAAUACUGUGGCCUCUUUGGAACAGUAUCCGAUACCAAAAAUGGAGGACCUGUUUGCAACGCUUUCAGGAGGAAAGCGGUUCUCCAAAUUGGAUAUGAGCCAUGCUUACCAGCAAAUUCUCCUGGAUGAUGAAUCGAAAAAGUAUGUGACAGUAAACACACCACGUGGACUCUUCACGUACAACAGACUGCCUUUUGGAGUGUCGUCUGCUCCAGCCAUAUUUCAGAGGACCAUGGAAAGCCUGUUAAAAGGGAUACCUCGAGUAGCAGUGUAUCUAGAUGAUAUCUUGGUGAGCGGGGUGAAUGAGGCAAACCACCUGCAGAACCUUGAUGAGGUGUUGACCAGGUUGGAGGAAGCGGGGUUGCGGCUAAAAAGAAGCAAGUGUGCCUUCAUGCAAGAAAAAGUGGAAUAUUUGGGGCAUGUAGUGGAUGCACAGGGGCUCCACCCAGUGGAGAAGAAAGUUAAAGCCAUCAUGGAUGCACCUACGCCCACAAAUGUCACUGAACUAAAAGCAUACUUGGGUUUGCUAAAUUACUAUAACAAAUUCCUUCCCAACCUGGCAACCCUGUUGGCACCCCUGCAUGAACUUUUGAGACAUGAGGUACGCUGGACAUGGAAAAAGGAACAACAGGAAGCUUUCGAAAAAUCUAAGAACCUGUUGAACUCAGCAGAAGUGUUAGUUCAUUAUUCGGCUGACCGAGAGUUAGUGCUCUCAUGUGAUGCAUCACCGUACGGCGUAGGAGUAGUAUUGUCACACAAGAUGGAUGAUGGAAGUGAAAGACCUCUGGGGUUCAUGUCACGCACACUCUCUCCUGCGGAGAAAAGGUAUUCUCAGCUGGACAAAGAAGGCUUAGCUGUCAUAUUUGGCAUUAAGAAAUUUCACAAAUAUUUGUAUGGCCGAGUUUUCACUAUUUACACAGAUCACAAACCGCUGAUUUCACUUUUCAAUGAAAAAAAGCCUAUACCUCAGAUGGGCUCGCCGAGAGUACAAAGGUGGGCUGUAACAUUGAGCGCUUAUGAGUACCACAUCAUGUACAAGCCGGGCAAACACCAUGAAAACGCGGAUGCGCUCAGCAGGUUGCCGGUGCCUGACUCAGGGCCUGAACAAGAGAUGACUGAGCAAGUUUUGAUGAUGGAUGUACUGGAUGACACACUAGUUGACACCACACAAAUCAAACGAUGGACUGCUAAAGAUGUCAUCUUGUCACAGGUCCAUGAGUACACCUUGAAAGGCUGGCCUGUUCAGACGGAUGCUUGUUUCAAGCCAUAUCGACAGAGGAAAAUGGAACUGAGUGUGAGGGAUGGUUGUGUGCUCUGGGGAGCCAGAGUAAUUAUCCCCACCAAAGGCAGAGACAAAAUACUGAGACUCCUGCACCAGACACAUACCGGCAUGUCAAAGAUGAAAGGCUUGGCGAGGUCAUAUGUAUGGUGGCCAAAUAUGGAUGAGAACAUUGAACGAGAAGUGCAGGCAUGUGAGGAGUGUCAAAAACACCACAAGUCACCACCUACUGCACCAUUACACCCUUGGGAAUGGCCAGAAUCACCGUGGUCCAGGAUUCAUGUGGACUAUGCAGGCCCUUUCCUCGGUGAGAUGUUUCUAAUCAUUGUGGAUUCUCAUUCCAAGUGGAUGGACCUUUACCCUGUGAAAUCACCUACAUCACAAGCUACCAUUGAGAAACUGCGACAGAGUUUCAGUGUUUUUGGCCUCCCUAAGAUGUUAGUGUCAGACAAUGGAACGUGUUUCACAAGUGCUGACUUUGAGUCAUUCAUGAAACAAAAUGGCAUUGAUCAUGUGAGGUCAGCGCCUUUCCACCCUUCUUCCAAUGGGCUGGCAGAGAGGGCAGUGCAGACCUUUAAGGUGGGGAUGAAAAAAGUAAGAGGUGACACACUGCAAACCAGACUGUCAAGAUUUCUGUUCGGUUAUCGCAUCACACCACCUGCAGAGCUGAUGAUGUCACGGCGACUCAGAUCAGCUUUAGACUUGCUCAUGCCUGAUUUGAAAACUAAAGUGCAGCACAAACAAUUGAAACAGAAAGGGAAUCAUGACAACAAAAAAAGACUAAGAAGUUUCGCACCAGGAGACAAUGUGUUAAUCAGAAACUAUUCCUAUGGUCCAAAGUGGAUUCCAGCAGUCAUCGUGAGUUCAUCAGGGCCAGUGUCAUACAUCGUUACCAUCGGAACUGGCCAAACUCUGAAACGGCACGUGGAUCAGGUGAGGGCAAGAUGGGUAGACACUGUUCCCAACGAACCGGAGAGAGAGAUGGAGCCGCUGCAGGACACAGAAGCAGUUUCCGAGGGCUGCUCGCCUUCAGUGAUGGAAACUACACCACAACCUCCAUUAUUUGAGCCCCAGAAGUUACAAUGCGCUCCAGAGUCUCAGGCUAAAGGAGACUCCUCAGUGGCACCAGAGCUGCGACGUUCCCAGAGGGAGAGACGUCCACCUGUGUGUCUUCAGGACUCUGUUAGAUAG